GCACUUGCACACGAUACACGUAGACGUGACAUAACCCUUCCCAGUCGACGUCGUCGUGCGACAUCCUGCCGCCGUUUUCGACGAUGUAAAGUGUCUCCAGGGAUUUUGUACGCGACGUGAUCCUCGACGAGCGCCCCGCAUUCGAAAGCUGUCGCACGAUGAAUCUGAGUAAGACGGAAAAGCUGUUAGCUGCGAAGAAGAAGCUGAAGGAAUUCCAACUGCAAAAAAAGUUGCAAGUACAAGAGGCCUUGAGCAAGCAGCAAGGAGACACGAGUGUAGCGGAUGUAUCCAUAUCACAGUGCCAAACGAAUUGCCAAACUGCAGAGGUGGGAGAAUUGUGUGAUCCAAGUGAACAGAAUGAUGUAAAAUGGGGGGAGAAGCACAUAUUCGAUGCCGACGCUGUACAUAAAGAAGAAAACGUAAUAAAUCACUUCGACGGUGCUAAUAACUUGCCAGAUGCGAUCGAGACUAAUGUGGCAUCGAGUGAGCUGACGGAAAAGAGCUUUCCCAUCCCGGAGGACUGUCCAGAAAACGCUGCGUUACACGAAAGCGGCAAUGCCACGCAUUCGCGUCUCCAGCCGAAUGUACAAUCUGUGGGAAACGAUGGGAGAUACAGCUUCAGCGUGGCGGCGUCUAACGGACCGUCGACGGCGCAGACGGAAUACCUGUUAGAAAUGGCCUCGGAAGUUGCUCAGGCGCUCACCAGCGACACAGAACACGGUGAACCGCUGAGUUCGUUCGAUCUGGAUUUAAAUUGUCGCAAUCAGUUUUUAAGUUCGUGUCUGGAGGAGCAGAAGCAGCUUGUAAGUGACUUGCACAUCCAAGUUAGUCGUUAUCACAGCAGAGUGGCCGAACUGGAAGGGAUUCUGGCUACGAAGGAUUCUGAGUUUGAGGCCAAACUGGUUCGGGAGCUAAAUCCCCUGAAGGAGCAGUUACAGGUGCACACACAGACCACUGGUAUUCUGAUAGCAGAAAAGGCGGAGCUCACAGCAGCUUUGGCGCAGAGCCAGAAGACCGCGAGACAGAAUUCAGAGGAGAUAGAGGAGUUGAGCGGAAAAUUAAAACAUAGCCAGCUUCGUAUUAACGAGCUUGAAAAAGAACUCACUCAAACGCGGAGUAAUUCCACGGACACUCAGAAAAAUGCUCAGCAAGUGCAACAAGUCUAUGACGAGCUCGAGAAGAAAUAUUGUGAACUCAGAAAAGAAAAGGAAGAUUUGGAAUUGGAAAUGUCAGAGUUAAAACAGAAGCUGAAUUUAAAGAACACCGAAUUUAUUACUCUGCAACAGGAAUUCCAAGAGAAAGCAGCCUUGCUUUCUUUAAAUGAAUUAAGGAUACAACAGCUAACUGAUACGUCGCAAACGUUGGAAUCUCAGCAUCAAACUGUAACAGUAUUAGAACAACAGUUGGCUCAAAUGAGAGAAACUUUGAAGUUGGUGAACAACGAGAAGGAUGAAGCCAGUAGACAAUAUCAAAAUUAUGUACGACAGUUAGACGCACAGCAGGCAAAAUUGUUUAAUGAGGUUGAAAGCGGAAAAAAAACUAUCAGCGAUUUAGAAAACAGAGAGAAAAGUUAUAUACAACGUUUAUCGGACUUGGAACAACAAUUGCAGCAUGAAAAAAACAAAAGCGAAACUGUACUUACAUCACAAGAUCAUAACGAGGAAAUAACUAACUUAAUGAAAAGCAUCGAGCAACUGACUGCGCAGCAGGAAAGACUUCACAUCGCGUUAUUCGAAAGGGAUGCGGAGAUUGAAGUGUUGACAAAAGAAGUGCAGGAAUUACGAGAUAUGAAAGACGAUGGGGCUGCUGCAAAAUUAGUACAGGCUCUUGAAAGCGAAAAACUUGGUGCAUCUAGAGCUGUUUCGCAAAAUCAACAAUUGAAGGAACAACUAACUGAAAUGGAAAAUGCUUUUGUCACUCUUAGUAAUGCUAAGCUGGAUUUGACAGAACAACUCCAAGCUGAACGAAAUAUUGGCCGAAAAUUAAAUGCAAGAUUGAAUACUGUCGAGACGGAAAUGGAUAAUCUGAAAGAAACGUUAAAAGUAAAGGAUGCAUUCUUAUUAGAAUUUGAGAAAGAAAAAUUGCAAAAUGCUCAAAUUGCGGAUCAAAUGCAGCAUUAUCAAGCGCAGUCUCAUCAUGCCCAUACGCUGCAACAAGAGUUACAAAAUGCCUUGCUUUAUAUAGAAGAUUUGAGAAACGAAAAUGAAGAACUCGCGAAAGAAUUAAAGGAUAAAGCACAAAAGGAGACACAUUUGUCCAGAGAGGCUGUAAACGUUAAUGGAGAUCAGCAUAUAAUAAAUAAUGAGCAAAAUUGCAAUGAUAUCGCAACAACACAAAACUUACCACUGCCAGAAGAUAAAAAUAUUUCAGACAAUUUUGGGCCUAUUACAAAAUUAGAAAAGAGGUUUAAAGAAACGAUGGAAAAGGUUGCUGAAUUAACUGACGAGAAACAGAGAUUGGAACAUCUUGUUCUUCAACUCCAAGGUGAAACAGAAACAAUAGGAGAAUAUAUUACUUUAUAUCAAAAGCAACGAGCGAUUUUAGGAGAAAGAUGGAAGGAGAGAGAGCAGUCCUUCCGUCAAUUAGUGGAGCAACGUAAUCAGCAACAAGAACAGUUACAUAAAUUAAAAGUACUAGUUACUGAGUUGCUUAAGAAACAUCCCGAAACACUAACAAAUUCCACAGAAACUUGCAUGGAUUGUCAUAAAGAUAUAAAUGCCGACGCUAUUGCACUUUCUGAAAAUGAAAAGCAAGAUGAUGCGGAACUACCAUUGAUCGAAGACAAAACUGCAUCGGAUAUUCUUGAUCUUCUCACCGAAAUCAAAGACUGUAAAGAUGCAUGUACUAUAGAACCUAACUUUCAUCCAUGCCCAUGGUGCUCUGGAAGGCUCAUCACAGUGUAAUCAUGAAUAAUAAAUUUGUUUAAUCUUUGUUAUAACCAAAUUAUAUCUAUGCAUUAUGUAUGUAUGUAUAUAUUUUUUAUAUACAUAAAAAAGAUAUAUAUAUACACAUAUAAAUUAGUCAUAUAGAAUAGUGAUACUUGUAUAUAGGAAAUUCUUAGACUUUUUUAAACUUCUGUAUCUAUCUCUUGUAAAACGAACGCAAGAUUUUUAUCUGGGAGAAAGUUACCUUUAUAAAUAUACAGUGCCUUGAAUAAUUUUGCAGAUAG